AGGCAAGUAGUACAUUUUUAUUCCGCAUGAAGGGUGGCUUUGUUCUUAAGCGCAUCGAUUCUCUUUCCCAUCUUCGUCGGUUUGCAGAGAGAAAUUCGAGGGAGAAUGGGAGGAAUCCUCUCGUCCUUACUGGGGGAUGCAGCUUCGGCAGCCGAGGGUGAAUCGGAAUCUGGUCGAGUGUCGAAGUUCAGUUCCUCGACUCGGUGGCAGCUUCAUUUCAACGAGAUCAAGGAAUCGUCGAAACUGCUGGUGAUCGACUUCACGGCUUCAUGGUGUGGACCCUGCAAGAUGAUGUCUCCAGUGUUUAGCGGCUUGGCUGAGAAGUUCACUGAUGUUGAGUUUGCAAAAGUCGAUGUCGAUGAAGUUCCCGAUGUAGCUCGAGAAUUCGGGGUGCAGGCAAUGCCGACAUUUGUGCUGGUGAAGAGAGGUAAAGAAGUCGACAGGAUUAUCGGAGCCAAGAAGGAUGAACUCGAGAGGAAGAUUGUCCGACACAUGAGCUCCUAAGCAUAAAUUUAGUAUUGAUAAAUUGUUCGAUUUGGACAACUUUCCAACAUUCUACUCUGUUCUUGUAUGUAGCGCUUGUGGCAUGGUUUCAUGUGUUCAUGAUGGAACCUGUGGGUCAUGUCUUGAGCAAUCGUUUCUUAAAUAAAACGGUGUGGAUCAUCUCUUUGAA